AUGGUGCAGAUUAUUAAAGAUGAGGAUGAAUUCAAAACAUUUCUGAAAACUGCCGGAUGCAAACUUGUGGUGGUUGAAUUUUCAGCAAAAUGGUGUGGUCCUUGCAAAAGGAUUUACCCUCUUGUUCAUGCAAUGUCUCUGCAAUACCAAAAUGUAAUGUUUGCUAACGUGGAUAUCGACGAUUCUCGGGAGUUGGCCAAAACUUGUCACAUCAGAGUAGUACCUACAUUUCAGAUGUUCAAGCAAGCCCAAAAGAUUUUUGAAUUUUGUGGAGCUGAUGCUAAGAAAUUAGAAGGGAAGAUUCGAGAACUAAUGUAAGCUGAUCUCCAAGGCAAAAUACACUUGCAGCAUUCCAGAAGCCC